AUGGUUGGAUGUCAAAUUUCCCGGAUGAUGGCCAAAGGCUUUUCAUACAUCUUUAUACAAGAAAAGCUUGAGAAAGUCACUGAAGCUGGAAAAACAAGCACCAAAACAUUUACUUCGGGUAAAGAAGGAAAGAGCUUCAUCCAUCACAAACAUCCAUCGGUUUUUGUUCCGACAUUAUCUCCACCGGUUGAAGUGAUGCUCCGUGCACUCGAGUUAUUUCUGCCACGUGGGCUUCAAGUUGAGAAAACCAUCAAAAUUUCUAAUAUUCAAUACCUUGAGGUGGCUUUAUUCAAAUUCCAAUGGCACAGAUUGUGUAAACCAAUAGGGAUUAGAUUGUUGUCACCGCUUCUUCUUUCGCUUAUUCCUCCUCCACCGCUUUUCUACGUCAGUUGCCUUCUCCUUUUGCUUAUCUGCUUACCUGACCACGCCCAAUCAGGCCCUUUACCUCAAUCCUCUGAUUCCCCCUCAUCCCCACCGAUAUCGUACAUUUCUCCCUCCGGUAACUCAAUCUCCCCGGGUAUGCUCCCACAUCCCCGUCAUCUCUCUCACCUACGUCAAGGUGGACUGGGCAACAGUUUUGAAGAAACCGUUUGCAGCUUGAAGCUAAGGGAGACCAUCGAUAACCCCACCCACGCCGACUUCGUAAACCCACAAGCCGACAGGAUUUCAAACCUCAACAGCUUCAAAUUCCCCGUUCUCCCGGCCCCGGGCUUUCAUCAAGAAACCUUCAAUUAUAGUCGAUGUCUCAGGGCUCAAACAAUCUUGAAGUCUUCUAAGACUGUACCGAUCAAACAAGAGAAAGUUCCAAAAAUUUGGAAUGUAGCAUCCCAACAACCUUCAAUGAAGAUGAACCAUUGA